GGAAAUACGCUCCAACCCAAUGUUCCAAUUUCAAAUCCUCACUCAAUGCCUGAUGUGUACUUUGCGUCAAAAUUCAAUGCCUCCCACAGAAAUUGAUUCCUUCCCUCCUCUCUCUCCUAACCUCUUUUACCUAGAGAAUAUUUCCUCUUUUAUAGUUAUUUAUUGAAACACUUUGUUCUCAUUCUCUUCAAAAAAAAAAAAAAAAACUGAUUUACAUAUAUAUAUAUAUAUAUAUAUAUACACAUAUAAAUUUAUAUAUAAUAUUAUUUGCACAGUGUACACCUCUGCUUGUACAGAGAACAAGUUGCCCUCAUCUGUUCAUCCACUCCAAAAAACAAGAAAGCAAAAUCCCAACCUUCACAAACCCAAAACCAAAGAGAAACCAAAACCUCUUUUGAGUGAAAAAACCGAGAAAAAGCAGGCACCAAAGAACUAAACACGUACCCUUUCAUUUUUUUUUCUCAUUUGUUCAAAAGCCCACCUCUCAAAAUCCCUCAAAAAGAUCAAUGAUUUAAGCCACCAGCAGCUCCACCACAAUUUUCACUCAAAUGGGUUUACGCAAAAAGCACUUUAGCCUCCUCUCUCUCCUUCUCCUCCUCCUCCUCCUCAUUUUUCCCAAUCUUGACCCCAUCCCACUCUCUGAAUCUGCACCUGAUUACUCCACUCUGGUGUACAAGGGCUGUGCUAAGCAGUCCAUCUCGGAUCCAUCUGGGGUUUACUCCCAAGCCCUCUCAGCCCUUUUCGGGUCACUAAUUUCACAGUCUUCGAAAGCCAAUUUCUUCAAAACCACCACUGGCAGCGGCCAAACCACCAUUUCUGGCCUUUUCCAGUGCAGGGGUGACCUAAGUAAUGUUGACUGCUACAACUGUGUGAGUAAGAUCCCUGUACUCAUUGACAAGCUCUGUGGGACCCCCAUUGCUGCAAGAAUCCAGCUCCUGGGCUGUUACAUGCACUAUGAGGUGUCUGGGUUCACCCAAAUCUCUGGUAUGGAGAUGCUUUUCAAGUCUUGCAGUGGGAAAAGUGGGGGAGGAAAUGGGUUCGGAGAGAGCAGGGAUACAGCCUUUUCAGCUCUGGUGAGUGGGAUGGGAAAUGGGUUGUUUUACACAACAAGUUUUCAGUCUGUUUUUGUCUUGGGGCAGUGUGAGGGGGAUUUGGGGGCAGCAGAUUGUGGCAGUUGUGUGAAGAACGCUGUGCAGAGAGCUCAGGUGGAGUGUGGGAGCUCAGUUUCUGGACAGGUUUAUCUCAACAAGUGCUUUGUUAGCUACAGCUAUUACGCUAAUGGGGUCCCCAAGAAGUCUCCAUCUGAUGAUUCCUUUUCUUCUCCAUCAGGGUGGUCAGGGGAGAAUACAGGGAAGACAGUGGCUAUUAUAUUAGGAGGUGCAGUAGGAGUGGGGUUUGUAGUUAUUUUGUUGAUGUUUGCCAGGAAUUUACUGAAGAAACAUGAUGAUUAUUGAUAAAAGGGGAUGGGUUUAAACUUCUUGUUGAGGUAGACUCAUUCUUUCUAUUUGUUUAUGGGAAUUUUUUUUGUUUAGAGGCCAGAAAUUGGUGGAUAGAUGGGGCAUGAAAGUUAGAACUUUAGGAGGAUGAUUUUGUCAUGUAAAUGAAUGUUUGUGCCAUUUUGGAUUUGGUGAUAAAACUGGGGAAGAGAAUUGUGGUUUUGGCACAUUUUUCCAAAAUUGCCAUGUGGUCUGUUUUUGUCA